ACUUAGCCUCUUCCUCUCUGCGACUAUGUUUGGUAAGAAAAAACGUUGUAUCCCAGAAUGCACUCGCUACAGUCCGGAAACGUCCACACAAGUGUGGCACACACACGCACACACACAACAGUUCUUUGGCGCCUCCGUCGGAUGAGAGGAUAAAUUCUGUAGCACAGCGCCGUUACAAUUUGCAAUGGCUGCAGCUUUGUCCCGUGCUCUCAAAUUGCCUGGGAAGAAGGGCUCGGAGCUUGGAGAGUAUGACCCCCUCACUCAGGCCGACAGUGAGGACGAGAGCGAGGAGGACGACCUGGUCCUCAACUAUCCCCGCAAUGGCCUGGGGAGGGGCAACUGCAUGGGUACAGGUACCUUAGAGCUGAGAGGGAGCAGAACAGGGAGGCUCGUAGGGGAUGAAGAUGAGGCAGAGGAGGACGAUGAUGAGUGGAGAGAACGGCUCCCUGGAAAAAAGAGGCAGGAGAGAGAGGAGAAGGGCAUGCAGUACUGGAGCCAGAGGGAGACAAACAGGGAUGAGGGAGUAGAGGAUGGAGGGGUGCUUGGGGCCUCUGGUGGCCCUGGAUUGAGUGUCAGUGCCAGUGCUGACCCGGACGGGAAGAAGGCUAAGGUGAGGGGAGCCAUCCGGGCAGCAUUUUUCCUGGUGCCUCUGGUCUGUGCCAUGCUGGUGGUGCUGCUGUGUGCCUUUCUGGUGCCUUGUCAGCAUGGGGAACUGGACAAACGGCCACAGUGGGAGAAAGAGCUGGGUGAUCAUGUGGGAGGUGUUACCCCACCUCCUCUUGCACUGUGGGAUGUUGACAAUGACUCAGUUGAGGAUGUGCUAAUAGGAGUCACUCAAAAGAGCAACAAUACCCAUCUCUCCAGUUCUGCGGGGAACAACAAAGAGUACAGUGUGGUGGCCCUAUCUGCAUUCAGUGGUGAGGUGCUUUGGAGGAGGGCCCUCAGGGAACCUGUGGAGUCCAUCCAGUGUGGGCUGCAGUACGAAGCCCAACCAUCACCACUGCCAGCAGGGGGCGCUGCCCUCAGAGCCCUCCCCAACAGCGCCAUUCCCCUAUCUGCCCUGAGAGACAGAGCUAGCGGCCCCGUGUGUCUGCUCAUCGAGUCUGCACACCUCACUGCUGUCAACGGCACCACAGGGAAGAAGCUGUGGUCGGUAGCACCAGGGGAGAUCCAGUCCCAGGCAGUUUCCCUGCCAGAUCUCCAAGGUGACUCUGUUCCUGACUUGCUGAUUGCCACUUUACCUGCUGACCAGGUGUCUGACCUCUCACUGCUCCUGCUGUCUGGGCUGACUGGAGCUAUGCUUGGACAUCCUGUGACCUUUAACCUCACAACCUUUAAUGUCUCUGGAAAGCUGAUCGGUCCCCUGUUUCAUGAGACACAGCUCGGGGCAUAUUACAUUCUAUUUGGACUAGGCACUGUAGAGGCUGUAUCCCUGGGAGAUAUUUACACUCGGGCUACUGGAAAAACACCAAUAUCCCCUGGUCUAAGACUGAAGGAACCUGGCUGGGAGAAGCUUAGGAAAACCAACUCCUCCCUCAUACACAUCUCCAGUGGAACUGAGCAAGUGGAGUUCUUGGUCCCCCUAGUGGCUGGCUUGUGUAACAACCACAACAGCCUGGACUCCAUCUCCAACCUCAACUCCAGCCGCAGUGACUGGGUGCUGGUGUGUGGCAAGCUCUCCAGCAAGCUCUCUGUGCUGAGAGAGAAGGACGCACACACCGAGUGGACUCUUACCUCCUCAGCCAUACACAGUCGUCCAGCACCAGGCCAAUUCAACGAUGAUGGAAUCCCAGAUCUCCUCAUACAGAAGUCUGGGGCCCCUAGAAUGAGAAAAGUUCAGGUGGUUGAUGGAGCCAGUGGGCGUAGUCUGUGGGAGACAGAGUUUAUUUGUCCACGCCUUGACCUGGAAGGUACCUCAAUCAUGACAUCUGGUCAAUCAGCUUUCCUUUUCUGGGCCGGUGACCCUGUCAGUCCACCAAAGAACCUCACCAAGACAACUGUGGCACCAGGGGCGGUUCAAGCCAUGCCAGUCAUCCGAAAGCUCUUCAUGUUACAUCCUGCAUAUCCCACAAUCCUCCUGGAGCUCGCCAGCACCACAGACACCAUUCUUACUGCUGCAGUGAGUUACCAGGAGCCGCAGAAGGAUGCCUCCUACAUUACCGUGUCCUCCCGGCCUACCUCUGGCCUGGGGCCUGGGUCUCGGGUGGUGAAGAGCAUGAGCCUCAGGGCAGCAAUCACUGCUGGACAGAUUGUGAGGCUGGGAGAGAGCAGCACCGCAGGGGUACCAGUCAGACCUGGAGUAUUUGAGAUAAACAAGUUCUUCAGGCGUCUCACCUUCAAAAACAAUUAGAGAGGAGUUAUCAUUUGCUGGUUCUACAUGAUCCGAGGGAAACCACUGGCGGGACCAAACCUGUGGAAACACCAAGUGAAGGAGAUUUAUCUCAAGCUGUUUACAUUUCCACUUUUGUCCAAAGUACGAUUUUAAUUACUAUUAUUACUCAUCACACUUGCUGAAAAAUAUUUAUUUUGCUGUAUUUGUAUUAUAUGUGUAUAUAUUAUGUGUUGACUUAUUUAUUGAUUACUAGUCCUUUUUAUUGAAUAUUGAAUUUAAUAUAUCAAUGACUAUUUACCUUGUUUGGGGUGAAUGGAAAUCAAAAUAUGUGAGUAAGUACAUAGAAGAAACUUCUGGAGAUCAAGCACAAUGAUUUGAAUGGUAGGUGUAAGUUGUCCAUUGCACAAUUGGCACCUCACUCAUUUAGUAUAUUUUUAAUCUACAGAAUGAGAGGCAAUUACCCAGUUAAUUCCUCCAAAUACAUUCAUUCCCCUCUCAUAUCCACUUUUUCAAUUAGGCAAUUGAGGUCUGUGUUCAAGCAGAAUUACCCAGUUAUGUAAAGGGGGUCUGUACAUAUUCUGGCUGUAGGGUAGAUUGGGGUAUGUUGAGCCAUUUUUUACAUUCAGCAUCACUACAUCAAGGAAAAUACAGUAUUCGUUCCAACAUUGAUAUCUACAUAUAUUUCAGGAUGUUGUUAUCCCUGAAAAUAAAUCCGAAUUCAUGUAAACAUUUAAGUUUUGAAAACAGCUCAUUCAAAAAAAAGUGGUUUCUUGGCACAACUUAUGGGGACAGGGUAGGUUGAGCUACCUUGGGUUAAGUGGGUGCUGGUAGGUCAAAGUUUAAUUCAUGGAAUGGGGGUGUGGUAUAUUGUAUAUCUGAAAUGUAUGUCUACAUUCAGAUAUAGAUCACUAUAUUCAAUAUUAUUAACCCUUCCAUUUCUUGACCAGUUGUCAGGGACAGGGAUGUUGUUUCAAUGUGCCAAUUCAAAGGCAUGUUCUCUGCAUGAGGCUACAAAGCCCAUGAAUGCAAAAAAUACUAAUACUAAUGGUGUACUAAGCUCAUGAAACUGGUCUGCAAGAUUCUUGAUAGGUUUAGCAUGCUCAGACUGUCAUUGGUUAAGACCUUGUGUGCCUCUGCUACUUGGUCACAUGAUUAAUGUUGUAUGGUUUCUUAGAAACAAGCGGUGGCUAAACUAACCUUAAGGCUCAACUUACCCCACUCUCCACAACAGUAUUUACUGAUAUGCUACUUACUGAAAGGUUUACAUUUCUUUAAUCAAUAACUAUUGUAGUGAUGAUACAUUAUUGCUGAGUGCCAUGUAUGGUAACUGCAUUUUAUUGCUAUUGGUACUUGUAAAUAUUGCUGACAUACUGGAAAACAUUUACCGAUUACAUGAAGAAAUAAAUGUACUGCUGCAAUUCUUAGUGUUUUGGACUAUAGCUGUACCUACGGAUUCAGCUCCGUUUGCAAUAAAUUAUCAUAAAAACACUUAAUUAAUCAUGAGAAAUAUUAGAGUAAAAGGAGGGCGCAGGCUCAGGGGCGGUGCUUGGGUGCAUCCAAAAUAAUCUCUUUCUGCAUUGCUGAGAGUGUCAAAGGCUUGGAAGAUGGCCUCGGGCUUGGUUCGUCAGGCCAGACUGUUGGUGUUGAAAAACAGUCAUGGACCAACAUUUUCUGGGUUUUAUGCUAAAGCAUUCGGAAAGGCACUCAUUACCGAACAGUUGUACUCAGCACCAGGUGGUAUUUUGCCAGAACCCAAGAAGGUGAGUGAUGUCUGUUGAAAAUAUGAGCAGGUCAUUUAUGAAAUGAAAGAGGUGGAGGGAGGAAUUUAGUAAAGGUGCCUGAAAGGUUUGUAAUUAACGUUAUAUCUUGUAACUUAAUAGGAAUGUUUAAUCGCAGGUAAGAUCUCGGUGAGCCUAUACCUCUCCAUUUCACUGGAAGUGUUAUAAUUACUUGCCUGUUUAAAUGUGUAAAGCAUGCAUCAUGUAUAUUAUUUAUGACAUUCAUUUUUUAUUUUAUCCUGGUUGUCAUUGUCUAUAAAAUCACACAGCAUUGCAGGCUAAUAUAGAUAUGUUUUUGUGAUGGAAUUGUUGACAAUUGAUCAGACCUCAUUUGGCCUUUUCCGGAUUGCUGUGGUUGUGAUCCCCUUCCUGUAUGUCGGAACUCUGAUCAGCAAUAACUUUGCUGUGCUGCUGGAAGAGCAUGACAUCUUCAUCCCUGAGGAUGAUGACGAUGAUGACUGAAGGGUCUGUAUGCUCCAACAUAUGACCUGGGUAUGUUGUAUGCAUAAUGAUCAAUAAAAUCAACUUCAGACGAUUCAUCUCUUAACAUUUAAGCAAUAAAGAUGACAUUUGACCUCACAGAAGAUGAGGCCUAUUACUGUGUUCUCCCUCAACAAAGCGUAAUGUGUCGCCUCUCAGACAAUGGGAAGACGUGUGACAGCUGAAAAGACUUGAGGAUCUCAAACUCAAAGCCUUUCUGGUGCUUCUCUCCCCAUCCAUUGUGAUGUGUGCCUGCCUGGAUACAGAGCUGUUUUAGAGAAGUGGUGGGACUAAUAACUAGGGAGGAAUAAUACAUGCACAGAUAAGUCUUACUAAAUAAAAUAGAUCAGUGUGCAGAAGGAAACCCUUGGAUCAGUUGCUUUUGAUUUAGCCAGUGAUAUCUUCUACAUUGAUGGAAAUAUUUGUUCUGCUUUCAAUCAUUCUGGGGAUAUUGACUUAUUUCAGGAAGACCUUAAACAGGUGACAGGCCUGCAUAGGUAUCCCUAUUUAUCUGGUUUCUGAUAUAGGUUAUCAAGAACCCUUGAUGCUUUUUAUUCCAACCUGUUGCAUUUGUUUUUGAUGAACUGAUCUAAUAAAGUCGACCUAUAUGUAAUGUC